AUAUAAAAGCCUGGCAGAAUCGAUCGGAAGCCGCGUGAAUUUCGUUUCUAGUUGGAGUAUUGGAUUUGUUGCAGGCUGCCGUACGCUCUCCGGUUAUAUGUCCUCGUCUACUACGUCAUCGAUCGAUUUAAUGCGUUUCCGUCCGGAAUUAUUUCGGGAAUAUCAAACGCAACGGCGGUCGUCCGGGAUACAAGGUACGAGUGAAAUACGCCGUCUAUAGGCGCAUCUACCUUCGAAGAGGGAGAGAAGGCGUCUUUGAGAGAAGAAAAGGAAUCGUUAACGACCUCGGUAGAGAAAGUAUGGGAAGGGUUCGAGUCGAUUUUCUUUUCCGACUUUAAUAAUUUUAUCAUUAAUUACACCCUUCGAUCUCGGCGUGGAACUCGUCAAAUAUUCAUGACUCGCUAUUUUCCAUAGAGGGAAAGAGAGGACGUUAAUUAACCGACUAUCGAAGACUAAUUCACGGGGACUAGAUUCUUUGGCAAGCGAGGAUAUAGCAGAAAGAAAAUAUAGGAAGGAAUACGUUGCUCGAUGACUGUGUUUUAUUUCGAAAAGGGAAGACGAGGAAAAACUUUGGGACGGACGAUCAAGAGGCAAUGUCUUGAUCAGUCGUUGAUCGAGCAUGCAUUUGUAAGGACAUUUUCGAUCUUAUACGAGGCAUUGUCAAGAUUCUUUGAAAAACAAAUCGAUAUAUCGAUUCGCGCACGAUUAACUCGACGUUAAACCAAUUAAUUAGCCAUCGACCGAAGCCCCGAAAGAAUCGGAUCUCUGAAGAAAAAAAGCAAAACGAAAGGAACGUAGUGGGUACGUACGAAUGGAAAGCGAGAAGAAGAAGGUUAAAUUUCUCUUGGAAAAAUCGCAGUAAGAGAUGCACUGAGAGAGACUGCGAGGGCAGAUUUCGUUCGCUCACGGAAGAAAAGGAGGAAGAAGAAGAAGAAGAAGAAGAAGAAGAAGGCAAACGCUCGCGAGCCGACGCAACCCCCUGUGCGUUUCCUACCCUUCAAGCGGAGCACCAUCUAUCCGAGUACACAAUAGUAGUAGCAGUGGUAGUAGUAGUAAUAGUAGUAGUAGUAAUGGUUGAGUACAAGGAUGAGAAGGAGCUAAAGGGAGAAGAAUGGUUCGCGAUAGUAGCUGACUAGGUGCGCAAGCGCGUGUCUCCGACUCUGUGCGCGAGCGCAUUGGCGGCUCGGCUCGGCUCGGCGUCGACGUCGACGUCGUUUUGCGAGAAAAUUGAUUCUGCGCGAAAGAGGAAUACCCAGAGAGCGAGAGAGAGAGAGAGAGAGAGGAAGCAAGAGGGAGAACGAGCCACCGACGAACCGGGGGUCUUCGCACGCUGACACAGAGACAAACUCGGAGCACGAAAGGACGACACUCUUUCGAGGACGAUCGACGAUCUCGCAUCGACAUAUUCUCCUUCUUUUCCUUCGUUCAAGAAAAUCCUCCGAAAGAUCUUCGUAUAUAUACCCUCCCUCUCUCUCUCUCUUUCUUUCUUUCUCUCUCUCUCUCUCUCUUAACCAAUCACAUUCAAGUGACUCGAUCGCUAUUAUGUAAGGGGAUGUUACCCUAUCGUCCACCAUCGUCGUGUGUUUUCGAGUUCGACGAUAAUCAAAAUCAUCAAGAGAGACGACUGCCUUCUUCUUCGUACGAGUGUCAAGAAGAUUGAGAAUAAGGAAGUUGAGAGGAUCUCGAGGAGUCUUUCUCUCUCUCUCUCUCUCUCUCUCUCUCUCUCUCUCUCUCUCUCUCUCUCUGUCCCUAUCUAUCUCGCACACACUCACUCCGUCUCUCGCGACGAUAUGCGAAGAGACACGGUGGACGCGAGACGAGAGCAACGACGACGAUCGAGCAGAUACCGAGAAUAAGAGAAGUGGACGUGAAUGCGGUCUGUGCGACUCGGCCGAGGAUACUCCUCCUUCGAUGGAUCGAAAAAUUCUCAUCCUCGCUCAUAUCCUGGGAAUCUGCUCUGGUCUGCGAGAGGUCCGUGUCCAGAUACCGACGGCCGUAAGGAAAGGAGACACGGCCUUGCUGAAUUGUUGGUAUGAUAUAGAACAAGACCCGUUGUAUGCAGUCAAGUGGUACAAAGGGGGUCGAGAGUUUUAUCGUUACGCUCCGAACGAGAACCCAGUCGUCAAGACAUUUCCCAAUGGGAACUUGACGGUAAAGAAAUCGGAGAGCAACGCGACGCAAGUAGCUUUGACCAAUCUCGAGCUGGAUGCUGCAGGCUUGUACAGCUGCGAGGUAUCCGCGGAUGCACCCUCCUUCCACACGGCCAUGAUUUCGGCCACCAUGAAUGUCGUCGAAUUACCCUCUCAAAGGCCUUCGAUACACGGACUAAGGAGGAAAUACCGGAUCGAAGAUAGACUUCGUUUGAACUGCACAUCCGGACGUAGCAAGCCGGCGGCCAAUCUCACCUGGUACAUCAACGAUCGACAGCCCAUUCCAUCCCACGUGAAAACGUACAGUCCGUUGGACACGAACGAGUCCGAAUGGCAGGUGUCCCAAAUCGGCCUUCAAUUUCUCGUGACGCACGACCACUUCGUGAACGGCAAGCUGAAAAUACGUUGCAGCGCUUCGAUAUACGACAUUUAUUGGCAGAGCACGGAAGUGAGCGCCGAGGAGGAUCGCCCAAGGGUUAUACACUAUGAACCCGCGGCGACUAUAAUUGGUAUCAACUAUCUUCAACCACCUCCUAAUUUUCAAACCGGCCAGAAGAAGCCCGAUGGUCAAGUCGGCGUGAAAGGUGACUUUUACUUCGUCGUUGUAGCUCCAUAUGAUCUCGGACGAGAUAAAUUCGAAUCGCGUCCUGCGGUUUAUCGGAAAUUGGAAAGAGAGAAUCGGAUGGGCUGCUGCGGGUGUUCGGACGAGGUCUCCUCCAAGGUGGAGCCCGGAACUCCGGAAAACGAAGAGAUGGCAGCGAGGAGAUCCGAGAGAAUAUUCGUAACCGAUCGAUCCUGUACCGAUUUGUUAACUCUAAUUAUUCUAAUUGCAUUGCUCGGAGGUUUCGCAUUUCUAAUAACAAAUGCGGUAAAAAAGGGAGACAUAUAUCGUAUAAUAUAUGGAUACGAUAACUGCGGUAACGUUUGCGGUCGUAUCACGCCGAGCGAAAACGAUCCUGCAUUUAGUUGCAAGGGUGCGGACUACAGAAAUCGUACGUAUUUGAAAAUGCAGAUCGAAACAAACGGUAUAAAAACUCGGCAAUGCGUCGACAAUUGCGACGACCCGGACUAUCACAUAUUCUUUCUAAAUCGCUGUAUACCUAAAAAACUAACAGACACCGCCAUAUCUCUGAUAAAACGCCUCGGAUUAGAAAAUUUCUACAAAGAAGUAUCAACUGAUCUCAGAGUAGCUUGGAGAGAGCUGAUGUAUCUCUGUCUAAUUGCACUUGCAUUUUCUCUCGGUAUUCUAAUAGCCUUCCGUUAUAUGGUACAGUGGAUCGUUUACAUCGUAUUGAUCGGUGUAAUCGUUGCCUGCAUCGGUGGUACGACUUAUCUUUGGAUGGCCUGGUAUCAAGAGAAAAAAGAAUUGGACUCGAAGGAUAUAUCGGAGAAAGAAAAUUUUGAAGAGGACUCGAGCCUGCAAGCAUAUUUUAUUUACGCCAUCGUCAUGUCGGUCGUCACGGUGAUCACUCUACUGAUCGUUUUGGUGAUGAGAAAAAGGAUCGCUUUGGUGAUGCAGCUCUUUCGCGAAGCAGGAAAGGCAGUAUACUCGAUGCCUGCUCUACUUCUUCAACCAAUCUAUACGUACCUGCUGAUUGGUCUAAGCAUGUUCGCUUGGAUUUAUUGCAUGCUCUGGAUCGAAAGCGCCGGUACCGUUUACAGAAAUAAAAUGAGGAUUAAUUUUAGGAAGGAUGCUCUUUUGAUAACUGCCAGGUGGUACAAUCUCUUUGUUUUCUUCGUCACGUGUGAGUUUUUCCUUGGUUGUCAGCACAUGGUCGUGGCACUCGCGGUAGCUCGUUGGUUUUUUACAAGAGAUAAGAAGAGACUAUCGUUGACCGUGACUAAAGGAUUUGGAUAUCUCAUAAGAUAUCAUUUGGGUACAAUAGCUUUCGGUGCUCUGAUAAUCGGAAUAGUUCGUUUGGUCAGAGCGAUGAUCUCCUUCGUACAGAAUCGUUUGAAGAAGUUCGACAACGACCUGGUGAGAGGAAUUCUUUGGUGUUGUCAGUGUUGUCUUUGGUGCUUCGAGUGCGCUCUCAAGUUUCUCACCAGAAAUGCUUAUAUCGAGACAGCUAUAUACGGAUGCAACUUUUGUACCGGCGGCAAAAAGGCUUUCCAAGCACUUUCGAGUAAUAUUUUGAGGGUCGCAGCUAUUAACAGUGUUGGAGAUUUCGUUUUGUUCCUGGGGAAAGUGUUGGUAGUGGUGUUGACCGUUAUAACUGGAAUUUAUUUGAUACAGAAGAAGGAAGGAUUGCAACAUCCCUGGGUGCCAAUUGCCCUGGCUGGGGUAUUGGCUUUUCUCGUUUCGCAUUGCUUCAUUUCGAUUUACGAAAUGAUCAUAGACUCCAUAUUCCUUUGCUUUUGCGAGGAUUGUGCGAAAAAUGACGGUAUUAGUAGGCCGUACUUUAUGAGUCGUGGACUGAUGGAGUUUGUGGAAAAUAGCAAGAAAGCGCUACGUCAGUUGGACGAAACCCAAUGACACGACGUCGAUUAUCCGAGAAAGCAGGCAAUUUAUCUUUGAUAAAUGUCCAACGUGAUUUCUCGCUUUUCAGUUUUUUUCUUCUUCGAGACAAACGAAACAAAAACAAGAAAAGAAUGAAAUGUCUCUGACGUAUUUCAAUAUCGAUAAAACAGAAUUUUUUUUUUUUUCUAAAUCGUGUUGAGAGUUCUAGGAAUUCUUUGGAAAUAAAUUAAACGGAAGAAAUACUUACGAACGACGCCAAUGUUAUGAAUCAUCGAACGGAGUCACAAGAGAUUUCUUUCAAUACUAGAAAGACUGUCAAUUCAUUCCUGGAAACUUUGCGACGUUCAACGCUUCGCGAGAUCGUCGAGAUCUCGUUCAGGGCUAAUUUCUUAACGCACACAUCAACGAAGAUAGAUUAGGUACAAAAUAUCGAUUCUUGUUCCUAAAAAAUAUUACGUACAACGUAAGAGAAGAGAUCGAAAUCAAAACCGGAAUCAGUAAAAGGAAGAAACAAGUGAAAAAAAAGUGAUCGCAUAUUUUUAUACGACAAAGUUACAAUCUCCAUAAAUGCAAUACCUUUUCCAUUAUCUUUACUCGCGCAAAUGCUUUGGAUAUGUCUUUUAUAUAUAUAUAUUUUUUUUUAAUUGAAUAGAUAUUCCUUAAAGCGAAAUCGAUUACCUCGUUAUUCGCAAAGUAUUACCACGGGAGAAUUUUAUGCUCGUUAUUAUAUUUACGUACUCGUUUACUAACAAACAGCCCAUUGUGAUUAUACAGACUGCAUUGUAAAUAAAUAUAUUCCAUAAAUCUUGAUACUACGAUAUAAAAUAACAUUGGUAUAAUUCUUGCAUCGCAGUUGCAUGUUCAUCGUUGAAAAUACAGCAUCACGACUUUGGAUUCGUACGAGCAUAGUUAAUGUUAUUAUUUAUACUUUAUAGAAUUACAGCUACUAUUGUUAGUGCCGUCUAUUACUACUGUACGAUUAGGAAAAUACAAUUCUAUACGGUUUGUUUCUAUA